GUGGGGACAAUUGUCCAAAAAGGCCAGCUAAAGAGCAUUUUGGAGCAAAAGAACCGAAGGCAUAGUUGUCGUACCCCUCUUGGACACCACCAUAACGGCGUCGUAGAAGGGAAAGUUUGGUGGGACGGAGGGAAGGAAGGAGAUGAGGAGGACGAUAGCUUGGGCAGCCGAAUAAGAGAUGAGGAGGACGAUGGCGGCGGCUUCAGCUCAAGCUCAGGGACAGUUGCAGGUGCAAUGGAGCCAGGAAGAGACAAAGGAGCUGAUCAGGAUCCGAGCCGAGCUGGAGAGGGACUCAACAGUGGCUAAGCGAGGAAAAACGCUUUGGGAAGCCGUCAGCUCUAGAUUGUCGGCUAGAGGCUUCACAAGGACCGCCGAUCAGUGCAAGUGCAAGUGGAAAAACAUCCUCAACCGCUACAAGGGUAAGGAAACGUCUGAUCCUGAAGAUGGUAGACAAUGUCCAUUUUUUGAGGAAUUGCAUGCACUUUUUACUGAAAGAGAAAAGAACAUGAAGCGUUUACUUCUUGAAUCCGAGGUGGGUUCUGUCCAGUCUAAGAAAAGGAUGAAGAAAACAACUGGACGUCAAUCCUCAGAUGAGUUUUCAGAAGACGAAGAAGAAUAUGAAUGUGACACUGAUGAGGAAACAGCUGCCAGAAACAAUCCUCGGAAAAGGAAGGCUGAAAGAACUGCACUUGACAAGUUUUCAAGAGCAACCAGUUCGGCUAAUCGAAACAGCGAGACUACUAUUCAGGAGAUGCUCAAGGAAUUUUUUCAGAAGCAGAUGAUGAUGGAUAUGCAAUGGAGGGAAAUGAUGGAAAAACGCGAAUAUGAGCGGCAGUUGUUUGAGCAGGAAUGGCGGCAAACAAUGGAGAAGCUUGAGAGGGAGAGGUUAAUGGUCGAGCAGGCUUGGAGGGAGAGGGAAGAGCAAAGGAAAAUGAAAGAAGAGAGCCGAGCUGAGAAGAGGGAUACCCUUUUGACUGUCCUCUUAAACAAACUCAUCAAUGACGAAAAAUAAUCUGACUGGUAGAUAUCCAUAGGUAUGAACAAGGAAAUUUCUUAGGAAUUUGUAAGUUUUUCCUUUGUUAUACAGAGGUGUUUCUUUAGGAGCAAUUUGUUUAUACAAACUGUAAAAGAUGAUAGAUAUUCUUUCGUCUGUUAAAAGCAAAAGUCUCUGUUGCUCUCUCUAUGUUUGGAUUUGCAAAUUGUACUGAGAAGUGUGGAUUUUUACACAUACACUUUCUGUUUUGUUCUUUUGAUUCUUCAAGCGAUGCUCUUUGGAAUUAGUUUA